GAGAGUUGUGUGUUGUGAGGAAGAGAGUUGUGGGAAAUGACAUAUAUAUAGAGAAAUUUUCGAGUUGGGUAGUUGAAAUAUAACAACGAUUUUACAAGGGAAAGUUUACAUGGAUUUUACAUAGUUUUUUUACAACGACUUUACAACGAAACUCGAUAAGUUUUUCACCUAAAUAUAACGGUAACAUGAUUCGUUGUAAUAUCGAUGUAAAAUUUCAUUUUCGACGUACUUACGUCGUAAUAUUACAUGGCGUUUACGACGAAAUUUGGUUUCGUCGUAAUUGCGUUGUUACCCCACCAAUUACUAUUUCUAAAACAACGAUAAGGAACCUGUGUCGUUCGUCUGUCUGCCAAUUCAGUGGAACGACAAGGAGAAAGUGGACGGAAGUGCAGCUGGUUUGUACUUGAGAGGAACCUUUGACGAUGGUCGGAGGUUUCACUCAAGUAUAAACCAACUUCACUUCCCUCCAUUUUCUCCUUAUCGCUCUACUGAAUUGGCAGACAGACGAAUGACUCAUGUUCGUUAUCGUUAUCUUCGAAAUAGUAAUUGGUGGUUCGAGAAGAAGAGAGUUGUGUGUUGUGAGGAAGAGAGUUGUGUGUUGUGAGGAAGAGAGUUGUGGGAAAUGACAUAUAUAUAGAGAAAUAUGGUAAGUUUUACAUGGAUUUUACAUGGAAAAUUUACAACGCGUUUACAACGAACUUAGGUAAGUUAAAGCACUUUCAAUACACGUUUUCACCUUUAUGUAACGGUAACAUGAUUCGUUGUAAUGUCGAUGUAACGUUUACAACUAUUUUGCAUUCCACGUACUUUCGUCGUAAACUUACAUUAACUUUACGACGAAUACAUUUCGUCGUAAAUUACCAUCGAGUUUACGACGAAGUCAUGUCGCGUCGUAAUUGCGUUGUAAAGCUUAUGUAAAUUUACGAGGAAAUAAUUUCCUCGUAAAAUACCGUUGUUACUGCUACGUUUUCUUGUAGUGAUUGGAGGACAAAUGAUUUGGUGGGAAAGCAAAAUAUUUUUAACACUAUUUGACUAUUUCCUUAAAUUUUGUUAGUUGUAAUUAUUGUAGGGAAUUAUAUGCUACUUGAAAAAUUGGAAAAAGGCAAACAUUAUUGAAGGAAUAAUUUAUUUAAUUUCCAGUGGUAUUGAAUUGUAAAGAUUGUGUAAGUCCAAGAGUUAUUUUUUAUUUAUACUUCAUUUUAAUAAAUUAGAUCACUAAGAUUUCCGAUCUUCCGGUAAAUUUGGUAGAGGAGAUCCUCUAUAAGAUUCCCCUGAAAUCAAUGAGAACAGUGCGAUUAACUUGCAAAGAAUGUGACACUUUAUCCAAAAACAGAAGCUUUUCAAAGAUGCAUAUUGGUAAACUAAGGGCAGUAAAAGAAGGUGAGUCUCUGAUGAUCGCAAUGAUAGAUUACAAUCUAUAUCUCAUGAAGGUCACUCUCGUGGACAAUGAAAAUCCAUUUAUAGAGUGUAAAGGUAAACUUAACAAAUAAAAUAAGAUAUCUCAAGUUUUCCACUGUGACGGUUUAUUGUUAUGCGUCUUGGACGAUGAUGAUACCAAAGCUAUUGUUUGGAAUCCGUAUUGGUGUCAAACAAGGUGUUUAGAAUUUAGAUAUUCUCAUCGCCCAUAUAGACGGGACAUGUUCAGUUACGCUCUAGGAUAUGAGGACAAGGGUUCUUGUCCUAGCUACAAAUUCUUGAGGUUUAUAGAUCAGUGCGUUGACUAUAAGACCAGAGACGAAUUUCUAUGGUAUGAGAUUUACGAUUUCGACUCUAGUUUAUGGAAGUCUCUUGAUAUCACUCCACACUGGCGUAUACUAUGUCAUCAGCCUGGUGUGUCUCUCAAAGGAAAUACUUACUGGCCUGCUUCACAAAGAAACACAAACGAUGUGAUUGACGAUCACAUUAUCUGUUUCGAUUUUACAAGUGAGAGUUUUGGUCCCCUUCUGCGUCUCCCGUUUGACGCUGGUGAUGAGGACUAUGUGACUUUAUCAUAUGUUAGAGAAGAGAAGCUUGCGGUUUUACUUACGCACAACGAAGCAGGUCCAAUGGAGUUUGAGAUAUGGAUUACUACUAAGAUUGAGGCCGAAAAGGUGUUGUGGAGCAAGUUCUUGAGAGUGUUAGAACCGGAUCAUAACUCUCUGAUUACAGGUGAUAGUUUCUUUAUUGACGAGGACAAGAAAGUCGCCAUGGGUUUUGAAGAAGACUACUCCAAAACUUUCAACAUUGCUGGAGAGGCUGGAUACUAUAAAAAACUGAAAUUCGUAGAACGUUUAGGGGGAAACAUACACUGUAGGGCAAAGGCGUGUUCUUAUGUUCCAAGCCUAGUGCAAAUUAAGCAACCUGCUGCAGUAGGUAAAAGGAAACACCAAAACGACUUAGAAAAGCAACGAUGUGAUCAAAACAUGUCGAGCCUUGUCUCACUUAAUAAGCGCGGCACGGUUUGGUGGUAAUCUGCAGGAGGAAAACACGGUUUGGUUUCAUCUUUUUCUUAUAUAUGUUACAUUUUUUUGGAUGAUGAGUUUUAGGGUUUAAUUAUAGUUUCGUAUUACUUAGGUUUUCGACUUCUCCUCCAUAUAUAUAUAUAUAUAUAUAUAUCAUCUCUUGGCUUGAGGAAAUGCCUUGUCUUACUGAAUACUAAUAAAGAAUUUUCCACUUUAGAUGAUUUGUUCCAAUUAAAUUCAACAAAAUAAGAAAGCUUAGAUUCUCGAUAUAUUUAUCUACGUUGGAUCAGAUAAGUAACAGAAUGUUCUACGUUGGAUCACAUGUUCUAUGUUC